AUGGAGGCUUUUGGGUUACGAAAUUCCUCAAGAAGUGGGAUAUUCCGUGGCGAUCUGCUUCCAGAGCUCGCAGAGGAGAAGCUCAUUAUUGAACGGCCAAUUUCAUCGGACUUCGUUGAAAUGAUCGUCUCGCAGAUCACGUUUCAGUCCGUGAAUCUUAGCCUUCAAGUGAGACCAGGCCGGAUCUGCGAAGUUUGCAGAGUGGUUGACCGUCUCGAGGGUGCAGCUAAGGUUUGUCAGUUGGUUGUAACCUUUCUAGAUGUCCGUGGGGACGACAACAGCGCCUACACAUGCUUCUGGAUAAUAUCAAGCCAAGAUGAUAGUAAGUGGCCAAAUUCUUCCUUCGACUUCGACGCACUCCAGCCACACGAUCAUCAGAAUGAAAUCAUGAAGGGUCAGAACGUAAGCGGCGUUACGCAAAUGAAUGGCGGGUUCUCUCUGAUUCGGCCCUAUAUGUUAAAAAUAUUUCGCGAUCAACCUUCAAGGAGUAAGGAGCCACAGCGAUUCUCUUCGGCUGUUAGGCCUCGAAGCAGACCCCUGAGAAGCUGCUACGACGAAAUUUGA